CACUCCGCCCCUCCUCUGAAAGCUGCCUAGACUGAGCAGUGAGCCGCUGUAGAGAGUAUAGAGAGUAGAGGAGGUGAUGGGGCUGCGGUGACCCGGGGUGACAGGAGGAACAUGCCGGACACAGAGCUGCCUUUCAUUUUUGGUUGGUUGACUGGACAAGCCUCUUGGUAGCCGAAAAUGACUUCCUGAGUAAGCGGGCUCCCAUAACACGAUGGCUGCUCAGAAGAUUCGAUCUGCGAAUGCCAAUGGUCUGCCUCGUUGCAAAUCGGAGGGGACACUGAUAGACAUUAGUAGCAAUGCUCCUGACCAAAACCUUACUGAUGUGAAAGUGUUAUCACCAAGCUCUUUUCGUGUUGAUAGUCCUACGUCACUCGAUAAUGUUAAGGAAGUGGUGGCCAUCAAGGAUUAUUGUCCCAGCAACUUCACCACCCUGAAAUUUUCAAAGGGAGAACAUCUGUAUGUGCUGGACGCAUCUGGUGGAGAAUGGUGGUACGCACACAAUACUACAGAAAUGGGUUACAUACCAUCUGCAUAUGUGCAACCAGUCAAUUACAGAGACUCUUGUCUGAGUGACAGCGGUAUGAUAGAUGGACUGUUGGAAAGUGCUGAUGAAGGAGUAAAGGAGAUGGAUCUCUUGGGUGAUUGGACAGAUUUUUUAAAUCAGAACUCUGUUAAAACCAAUAACAACAACCCUUUUUUGAAGCCAGCUGUGUCAAAUCCCUUUGUCAAUGCGCCUUUGAUAACCCAAAUGAAGAAUGGUGAUGAUUCAGUAAAUUCUGUUGAUUUAUUACUGUUUGACCCAUUGGCUCCCCCUUCUGCUAGCUGUACAGAAACAAGUACUGAUGUGUUCUUAGAUCUGUUACCUCGUGCCAAUGAAACAAAUGUUGUUGAAGAGCCUGUCCCUGUCAGAAGGGACAACCCAUUCUUCCGGAGUAAGCGUUCCUACAGCCUCUCCGAGCUGUCCAUCCUCCAGGCAAAGUCUGAGAGUCCAGCCACGGGCAGCUUCUUUGCUGGUCUCAAGUCCCCAGCUCCUGAGCAGUUCCAGAGUAGGGAGGAUUUCAGAAUUGCAUGGCUCAACCACCGCAAGCUGGCCCGGUCCUGCCAUGAUCUAGACUUGUUGGGCCAGAAUCCUGGCUGGGGUCAGACUCAGCCUGUGGAGACUAGCAUUGUCUGCAGGCUGGACAGCUCAGGGGGUGCCGUGCAGCUUCCGGAUACAAACAUUAGUAUACAUGUUCCAGAAAGACAUGUAGCUCCAGGUGAGACACAGCAAAUCUCCUUAAAAGCCAUGUUGGAUCCGCCCUUAGAACUCAAUAAUGACAAAUGUACCACAGUAAGCCCUGUAAUGGAAAUCAAACUGAGCAACAUGGAAGUGCAAAGUUCGUUAAGCCUAGAGGUAAAAGCAUCUGUGGAAGUGCGCAAUAAUGUUGUUGGUCAAAAUACAGUAGCAAUAAAAUGUUUGCGUAGUGAUACUAAAGAAGGCCCAUACAACUUGCUGCCACACUCCUACACAUAUGGAGACACGAUUCAAGUAAAGCUGGAAAAUCUUGAGCCAGUUAUGUAUAUAGUGAUGGUGGCUCAACAACAAAAUAUUGUGCCUCCUUGCAACGUCUGGGACUAUAUUAAUAAAAGGAUCACUGUUGGACUAUAUGGGCCUAAACAUAUUCAUCCUUUGUUUAAGGCUGUUGUGGCCAUUUUUGGUCAUGACUGUGCACCCAAGACACUUCUAGUCAAUGAAGUAGGCCAACAGACUCAUGGGGCAGCACCAGUGACUUUGCAUCUCUGGGGCAAACAACAGUUUGUGCUUCCCAAGCUUCAGGAUCUCCAGAUUUGCCUUUUCUCCAACAUGACAAACUACAGAGUAGAUGCUGGAGAUCAGGGAAAGAUUGUGAGAGGUUUCCAACUAAAGCUCGGAAAGGUUAGCAGGUUAAUAUUUCCCAUUAGUUGCCAUGAUCCUGCACAACUUUCUGACUUUACACUGAGGGCGCAAGUUAGGGAUGAAUUGGGUAAUAUCUUGUCCCAAUACUGUGUACAGACUCCACGGCCACCACCAAAAACUGGGCUUAAAACCACUGGACCAAGAAGAUUUCUCAAGAAAAAAGAAGUUGCAAAGAUUGUUUUGUCUCCCUUGGCGAUCACAAGCAAAUAUCCAAUAUUUCAGGAUCGACCAGUAACAAAUCUGAAAUAUGGGAAACUAAUAAAGACUGUGGUGCGUCAAAGCAAAAAUCCAUAUUUGCUGGAGUACAAGAAGGGAGAUGUGAUGGCUCUCUUGAGUGAGGAAAAAAUCAAGCUUAAGGGACAGUUGUGGACUAAAGAAUGGUACAUUGGGUAUCAUCAAGGAAAACUGGGCCUGGUUCAUGCAAAGAAUGUAUUGGUAGUAGGCAAAGUAAAACCAAGCUAUUUUUCUGGUCCAGAGUUGACCACAGGCGCCUUAUUAGAGCAGAUCUUGCGUCCAUGCAAAUUCUUAACAUACAUUUAUGCAUCAGUGAGAACUCUUUUAAUGGAGAACAUCGGCAGCUGGAGGUCCUUUGCUGAUGCACUUGGAUAUGGAAACCUUCCUCUUUCCUACUUCUGUCGCGUGGAACUAGAAAGUGAGUCUGAACGAGUGGCAUCUGUGUUGGAGAAACUGAAAGAGGAGUGCAAUAACAAUGAGGGAAAGGAAAGGAAAUCAUUCCAAAAAGAGCUGAUUUCGGCCUUGUUGAAGAUGGACUGCCAAGGUUUGGUGGUCCGCCUGAUUCAGGAUUUUGUCUUGCUCACUACAGCGGUUGAGGUUGCUCAGCGUUGGAGAGAGUUGGCAGAGAAACUAGCUAAAGUGUCCAAACAGCAAAUGGAUGGCUACGAAGCACCACAUCGUGACAAGAAUGGAGUUCUUGAUAGCGAGGCUAUGUGGAAACCAGCCUAUGAUUUUCUUCUGACAUGGAGUGCUCAGAUUGGGGACAGUUACAGAGAUGUCAUCCAGGAGCUCCACACAGGACUGGACAAAAUGCGCAGUCCUAUCACCAAGAGAUGGAAACAUCUUACAGGAACGCUGAUUCUAGUCAAUUCUCUGGACACCCUUCGGUCAAUGGCCUUUAGCACCCAGGAACAUGAGGACUUUGUUAUCUAAUCAUGUCUUGGGGAAGGAUUUGUCUUAACAUUUAUGUUAAAACAUUGUUUUUGGAGAUCCAAUUUGCCUGAAGAAGAACCUAUUAUGGGGCGUAAUGGAAUUUCAGUUUGUUUCUUGCAUAAAAGUCGUAAAUGUCCUCUAAUUCUUCAGAAAGGUCCUGUAUAUUAGUGAUAUAUUACUCCUGAAUUUUCGGGGGUUAUCUUAACCUUGUGCUGCAUUUAUAAAUCCGUAUGGACAGACAAUCAAGUUUUUGUACCGGAUGGCCAUGCAUUUCAGGCACUAGUUCUCUCCUGUCUGUUCUAAGGAAUGUGUGUACAAUGUAAAUAUGUAGUGAUGAUUCACAGGCACAGGGUGCUUCAUAGGCCAGAGACUUGGUCCUCCUGACAAUUUGUCUUGUUUUGAAUUCCUUUAUGAGCACAAAUGCAUUAUACACUUUUAUUUUUUUCCAUAGUUUUUUUUUUUCUUCUUAAAUUUCCGUUUAUACACUUGCGUUGUGUAAUCACUGCCCCUCCUGGGUCAUCUGUGUUUUAUAUGUCACUCCCUGUGUGAUUUUUUUUUUUUUUUUUAUACAUCAUGUUUUUGUUACCAUGUGUUAUUUAUCUUUGGCUAAAAUGUGGAGCCAUGUAUAUAUGUAGGUAAAUCCGACAGGCCCGCUUCAGACUUUAUAUGGGCAACAUCUGAGACAAUCUGCUGUUACAUGCGCCUGUUAAAGCAAUAAAUGAGAAUUAGAGUGGGCUUAACAUUUCCUAAUGACAGUCCUAAUGGCAGGACAAACCCUUACCCCCAUGUCUAACAGUGCAGUUUAACUGGUUGUGCUGACCUAGCUUGGAAGUUCUGUGAUCUUCUGCCUGGUGUGUUGGGUCAGAUGAUUUUAAUCUAAAUGGUCUUCAGGUCCCAAUGUUAGUAUUUUUGUGCCUUAUACCUGUUUUAUUAAUGCAAGCCUAGCCCGGCAGACUUGCCAUUCCUGCUUGCAUCACAAAUGACAUGUCUUUCAUCAAGGGAGGGUGGCUCGUACAAUGAGGUUGGAUACGGUUUCCUAGUAUCUAGUGACUGCCAGGGACAAGUAGAAGCAGAGGACAGGAACAGGCAGACAGACCUUAUUUUUAUUUCUUUGUUUUAUUUCUGACAGAUUGCUAACUACCUCGCAUUGAUUUUAACACAAGUCUAAUAAAAAUGUAAGGUAAAAAAAAAAA